AUGCUUCUCAAGAGUCUUCUACUAGCCGUCUCGGCUGCUACACUGGCCAUCGCCGGUAGCCCAGUGGGAAGCGGCAACUGGAUCGAGGACAGCCCCGGCUUCAGCACACAGCAGUGCGAGGGCGGCAAAGUCAGCGGCGACACCUUUUCCAUCCCCAAGACGCCCAAUGGCAGCGGAAGCGGCUCCGGCUGCUCCAACGGUCAUCUCCGCGCCGAGCGCCGGUACAAGAACGAUUAUUCGUCGGGCACGCACCAAUUCGGCGGCACGUUUAAAAUCAACUCCAUGUCUGGCACCCGCAUCUCCAUCAAACAAACGUUCAACGGCGAUUCCGGCCCGUACUUCAUCAUGGCCGUCGAGCAGGGCGGUCGCCUGUACAGUGCCGAGGGCGGCAAGACGAUUGCCGACGGGGUGGCCAAGGUUGGCGCGAGUGUUCGCAUCAAUACGGUGCACAAUGCGGGUCUGAAGCAGUACAGCGUCUACGUCAAUGGCAAAGAGAUGUUCCGUGAUAAUAAUGCGCCCGGGGGCAGCUUUUACGACAAGAUUGGAGCGUACACGACUAACAGCGGCAACGGCGAUCUCAGCAUUACAUGGUCUGACGUGCAGUUGUGGCACCGCGGCUGA